AUGUUUCUUCAACUUCUCGGAGCACUUCGUAGACCGUUACUCAAUAUACCGUCUUUCACUGCGGUGAAUUCAAUCAUUCCGGCGUCGCGCUCUAUUCUAAUCAAUCGUGCACUACUUGGACCACAAAUACUCUCGCUACCUUCACUGUAUGACGCGCUCGGUCAGAGGCGUUUUGCCUCCCGUGGUACCGAGUACCAACCUUCACAGCGAAAGCGCAAAAGAAAGCACGGCUUUCUUGCUCGGAAAAAGACCGCAACUGGUAGAAAGAUUCUAGCCAGACGACUACUCAAGGGACGCAGGUUCUUGAGUCAUUGA